AUGGAUUUGACACCAGUCCUAGUUGAAACAUGGACUCUUUACGCCAUAGGGUCUACUAUGAUCGGAGCGAGAGUGUUCGUUCGAACAAGACUGGUUGGAAUCCAAGGUUACGGCCCUGAUGACUAUCUCGUCUGGUUUACUUGGCUGGUAUACACCACAGUCUCUAUAAUUGCACAUGUUUUCUUAGUCCAAGCUGGAGGAAAGCAUACAUCAGUGUUGACAGACGAGCAACGGGCGAGUUUACCUUUGGACCAAUGGAAAGAUUGGGAAUAUGGCUCGAAGCUCUUCACAUUCGGCUUCCUAAGCUACGCCACCAUUGUCUGGAGUCUGAAGUUUAAUAUGCUCUUUUUCUAUCGGCGGCUCGUUAGAGGGCUGCGGAUAGAGCGAUUCAUUCUUCCAGCUUUUGGAUUCGUCGCUGCAGCUGGAAUUGCUUCUAUCCUCACAUUCUGCUUGGCAUGUGUCCCUUUCACCAAGUUAUGGCAAGUGUAUCCAAACCCAGGAGGCCAAUGCUAUCCACAAAACCCUGUGACGUUUUACACUGUCGCAGUUUUGAAUGUCCUUACAGAUAUGUGCAUCAUUCUCAUUCCCAUUCCGAUGGUUUUGCGCGUCCAAGCUAGCGUCAUGCGCAAGAUUGGUCUACUGAUGCUCUUCGGUCUCGGCAUGUUCUGUAUGAUUGCGGCAGUUGUCCGUGUCGUGCUUAUUUUCAAGCUAAAACGCCAUGGUGAUGGAGCCCUAUGGUCUAUCCGUGAAGAUUUUGUUGCUGUUAUUGUCGGCCAGGCACCUUUGGUCUACCCGAUCACGAAACCCCGAUUCUGGAAAAGUAUCUUUGGUGGUGAACAAUACCAGGACACAAGUGAGAGCCAUAAGUAUAACAACAGCAGCGGAUCAUCGAAAAGAAAGGUCAAAGACCCUUACACGAUUACUCAGACGGAGCUUACCAUGGUUGACAAGUCGGAGAGCACAGAGGAGAUCAUGAAAGUGGAGGACCAGGACAAGAUGGACGGCGGAAUCCUUGUACAAAAGACAUAUAAUGUUGAUGUUGAGAGCUCAAGAACCGAGUCCGGUCACGAAGACAAGAAAUACCCAGGUCAGGCGUUUUAG